AAUGUCAUAGCUCCCAUAACCAGGAUAGAAAUCAAAGCCUCAAUCAAAUUUACCUUAAUCAAAUCUUCCCCAAGAUCAAAACUAGAAUCAAUUCAUUCCUCAAUAAGGAAUACCAACUUAAGUUUUACCUCAAGGCUAACCUUAAUAUAUGGUUCCACCUUAAAAUUUUGGAAGAGCACCAAUAAGCGGAUUGACAACACAACAGCUCCCACAUUUAUAGCAAUAAGGAUUUUAACCAUAGCCAUAAUCUUAGGUCAUAGGAUAAAAUGGAGUUCCUUAUUAGACAGGUCCAGUAUAAUUAAGUUCAUAACUAUUGACUGAAUAAGCAAUAAAAGGAGAAUCUAGAAUUGAAUAUAUACCUUAUGAAAGAGUAGUUACUGAAUAUGAGGAAGUGAGAAGACAAGUUUAAGUGCCAAUAACACGAUAAAUCACUGAUUAUUAUGCAGUUUAAUAUGAAGUUGAAUAUAUUCCUUAAGUAAUUUAAGAGAAGUAAAUUGGUAAUAACUAAUUCAAAAUAAUUAGAAUAUGUUCCAGUUGAGAGAAUAUAAGAGAGAACGGAAUAUUACACAGUGUAAAAAUAAAAUAUUUUGCCUGUAAGAAUAUCAAUAAUAAAUUAAAGGCUUAACCAGCUUUACAACCAUAAACUCUUGCAUAAUCAUAAACAAUUCAAACUUAAAGAGUUCAAUAACAGAUUGUUGUAAGAAUUCAAUAAUACAAUAUUAGACUUAAUAACCAUAGCAAUAUAUGACAAUAACAUAGUAGCCCUAAAUUACAACAUAUUAAGCUCCUUAAAUUUAAACAACUACAGUGAUGCCACCACAACCUCCAAUUUAAUAACAAAUUACAAGUACUUUUGUUUAACCUCCAAUUACUACAACGAUGACAGCAUCACCUGUUGUAUAAAAUACAAUAAUGCCAUAAACUCAAUUCACCUCUACAUAUGUUCAAUAACAGCCUUAAGUUGUAACAACUUAAUUAUCGUCCAUUCCAUAAACAAUACAAACUACAAGUGUAGUCCCAUAAACAAUAUAGACAACCAACGUUUUACCAUAGACAACUAGUGUUAUUCCAUAGACUAGAACAUUGAAUAAACCUCCAACAACUAUUAUCUAACCUUAAACUUCAAUUCCUUUGGCCACUACUACAGUUCUACCAUAAUAAUUAGCUCAAACAACUGGUUUGCCAUCUUCUAUUUAUAAAGACUAUCAAAGGUUGCCAGUUUAAGGAAAUUCACUUUAUAGAAAGACUUUACCACCAAUUUAACCUGGUUAAUUAGCUUAAACAGCUCCACCUUAGCAAGUAAAUUAAUAAUAAAUAUUCAGAUUCCAACUUAACCAUAAUAACCAUAAAAAGAAGCUAAACCAGAUAAGGAUAAGACAUUUUUAGAAAGGCUUUUCGAGUGA